AUGGGUAGAAUUAAUAAUGAACUAUGUCACUUCUAUUACCUAUUCAGUGUUGAUAAAUGGAGAACCAGGGAAGGUCUUAGUACCUUAAUCAAUGGGGCUGAAGCUAAGGGUGAGCUACAAGGAGUAGCAGUGGCAAGAGGAGGGAAAAGAGUUACACAUUUACUCUUUGCGGAUGAUUGUAUCAUUUUUGGGAAAGCUUGUUGGAAGGAAUGGAGAAAAAUUAGUAGUAUAUUGAAGAAAUAUGAACAAGCCUCUGGACAGUGUUUAAACAAGCAGAAAACAUCAAUUAUAUUCAGCUCUAAUGGAAGACAUGCAGACUGGGACAGAAUUGUGAAAGGUUUGGGAGGAAGGGUACAGAACAACUGUGAGAAAUACUUAGGUUUACCUACAAUGGUGGGUAGAUCCAAGUACAACACUUUCAGAUGCAUCAAGCAGCGGGUAUGGCUCAAGAUCAAUAACUGGAAGAACAACUUUCUCUCACAUGCAGGAAAGGAGGUACUUUUAAAAGCUGUUAUUCAAUCAAUUCCUACUUAUGUUAUGAGUGUGUUUUCUUUACCAAAAAAAUUAUGUAAGGAAUUGGCUGCAUUGAUGUCUAAAUUCUGGUGGGGGCAGAGAGAAAAUGAAAACAAAAUAAAAUGGAUGAGUUGGGCUAAAAUGGGAGUGUCAAAAAAUGAUGGGGGGCUGGGAUUUAGAGAGCUAGAGAGCUUUAAUCAAGCUCUGCUAGCUAAACAACUAUGGAUAGCUCUUAAGGAUCCUGAUUCAUUGGCUGCAACUGUCUUGAAAAACAAAUAUUUUAGCCAGUUGACUGUAUUAGAAGCUAGAUUGGGAAAUAAUCCAUCUUUGAUAUGA